AGGCGGAGCAGCAAUCUCUUGUGCACAUAUCCAAACACCGCCUCGCUUCCUGUGCAUAAUCUCGCGCUCAGUUCUCGGUAGAGAAUUCCUUGUAGGAAUAUCGCGAGAUUGGAGUUGACAUGCUGGAAGUUGAACUGACAGGGUGAGAGAUGCCCCUGUUCCGAGCUGCUCCGUCUGGCUCGGGCAAAGGAGGACCCCGGAAGUGGAAGGUGAAAGCCCCCAGACGGGAGGAGAGGGGCUGCGGCUCGCUGGCCAGGCUGUGUCUCUGGAGCCUGGCGGAAAACAUGAAGACCGUCUGGACCAAAGACUACACCCAGAACUACAUGGACCAGUACUGCUUCCGCUACAUCAUAGGGCCAUUCAACAUACUGCCUGGGGAUCUGGUCGAGGAGCUGCUCUCCCUCCUCUCCUCCCGGCACCUCCUGACCCGGGGGGCCCUGCACCUCCUGCUGUUGCCGCAGUUACGGCGCCUCACCCUGGCCUGCUGUUCCGGCCUGGUCACGUCCAGCCUCUGCCAGCUCGUGGGGCUCCGCUGCCCGUCCCUGCUGUGUCUGGACCUCUCCGGGGCCCAGCAGCUGUGCUCCCCGGUCCUGUGUGAGCUGAUCCGGGCCCUGCCCAGCCUGCGCUCCCUCUCCCUGGCGGGGACCCCGUGCGACGGGCCGGUCGUUGCAACGAUGGCGGGCGGCUGCCCCGCCCUGCAGCACCUGGACGUGUCGCGGUGCCACCGCCUGGCCCCGGCCGACCUGCUGCCCCUGGCCCACCGCCCCCCCGGUGGCUACACGGGCCUGGGGCUCCGGAGCCUGCUGGCCCUGGACGUGGGCUUCGGGGAGGAGGAGGGGGACCGGGCCUGGGUGGCCGCCUUCCUCCUGCUGGCCCUGCCGCUCCUGACCCGGGCCGCCCUGGAGGACCUGGGGGAGGCCUGCCGCCUCAUCGCCGGGCGCGACUUCGACUUCCCCCGGGGGGGCCGCGGUUUCGCCGGGGUGCCCAGCCUCAGGGAGGUGUGGGGGCGCAGGUCGGAGGAGGAGGGGUGGCCAGCAGGCGAGAGCGAGGAGGAGGAUGAUGGCGAGGAGGAGGCGGAGGAGGAGGGGGGUGAAGGAGCCUCAGGGAGGAAUGUGGGCCGGAACACGCCUCUGAGCGAGGGACAGAGAGGAGCCGGGAAGGGGGACCCCGAAAAGCAGGCCAUCACCCUGUCUCUGCAGGAGGCCCAGGGCGUGUCGUGUGGGGCCCUGACGGAGCUCGGCAGGGUGUGCCCGAACCUCCGCUCCCUCGCCCUCACCGGGGAGGAGGGGCCGGGUCGCCACGGCGCCCGGGCCAUGGCUCAGUGGGCGGGGCAGCUGCACAGCCUCUCCCUCCAAUUGGCCGGGGACCUGCGGGAGGGCCUGCCCGUCAUACAGCCCGUGGGGGCCUCUCUCUCCUCUCUCACUCUGGAGGGCGUUCGGAUGGACGGCAACGCCUCCUUUCUCCAGCUCAUCCGUGCCUGCCCCAAGCUGAAGACCCUCCACAUCCACACCGAGCCCCCCGGCAACGCUGAAGAGCAGGAGGAAGAGGAGGAGGCGGAGGAAGAUGUAGAAGCACACCUCAGAGAUGUGCCCCGCCUUCCCCUGCUCCACUCUCUGAAGCUCAACUUCCUGUUGGACCAGAGGCAGGAGAGGCCAGUCAUGUCCUGGCGAGCCCUGAAGUGGGCGCUAGUGGCCCUACUGGGCGGGUCCCCCCUGCUGGAGAAGGUGUCUCUGUCCGCCCUCCCCUGUCCGCUGGACGACGUCUUCCGCCUGGUGCGCUGCAGACCCCCUGCGCCCUCCGCCCCCACCCCUCUGCAGUGCCUGCGCGACCUCAGCAUGACCCGCUGUGACGUUUCCGAGGCGACGGUCAUGACCCUGGUGACCAGCAUUAACAGCCUGUCUUUCCUGGACCUGAGUGGCUGCUGGCCUCUGUCUGUCAUCUGCUUUAGCCAAUUACAGUGGCAGGCCCUCAGGAGGCGGUGUCCACUCUCGGUUGUGAUGCUUGGAUGCGAUUGGCACGUGCAAAUUUAUCCGGAUAUUGAAGCUGCGUGUUUAUAGUUAUGACACCACUUUUAACAGUCAAACUGUUAUUUGGAUAAAAUUGUGUAAUAGCACAAAAAUAUCUUUAGGCACUUUAUACUGUUUGUGUUUGUUUGCUUGUGUUGUGUAUGUCUGAACGUAUGUACGUAUCCUUAAAUAAGAUACUUCAGAAGUAUGCUUCAUAUAUCAUUUGAAAUGAAACAAAAGAAGCUCACGGCCAAAAAAUAAUAAUUUUCUAAAACUCAAAGUAUUUUAUACUUGAUCAUGCAGUAUCUUUUGAAAUGAGCAUUAGAUAUGCAUUUUGAUUUUUUCUUUUGUGUUAAGUGCACUGGGUGUCUGGGGGAGAGUAUGUGGCUGAAUAAAAAGUUUUAUCUUUGCAGGAAA